AAAACGAUAAAAACUUCACUGCAGAUUGAUAAAAGAGUUUGUGAUACAUUUCUCAAUUUGCAGCGAAAUAAGGAACUAGUAAUAGAUAAAGCUAAAACGUGUCAAACCAAUAAAACGGAAUCAUUUUUGAUUAAAUUUACCGUACCGGCUAACUUCUCUUCGAGCAACAACGUGGUGCGCUUCUAUGGAAAUUUUUCCGUCCUGCAACAGAUUCUACCACCGCUCGAGCUCACACUCAUCGCGUAUCGGUGUACGCUCGAUUUGCAAAACUGUCAACGGUACAAUGCCUUGCAAGUGCCUAAAAUUUGCUCAUUUUUGUCCGACACCAAUUCCUUCUGGUCUCCGUUUGUGCGAAGCAUUGAGCCGAGCGUGAAAUGUCCAAUACAACCGGCAACGUACAUAUUUAAGGAUUCGGCGUUUGAUUUAAAUUUCUUCACCAGCUUUCCACUGGAUGGGUACACCUGGCAAGUCACGAUGAAGUUGUACACUACCGCCACCACACCGAAGAAGGAAGUGUUCUGUUUUGCUGCGCAAGCUACAUUGAAGCGUAUUAGGAAAACUUAAUCCGACGUUCGUGUGAAGGAUAUAGAGUUGUGUUAACAUUUUAAAUUUUUAUUCCGGUUUGUUUGACAAAAAAUAGUGUUUUGCUACAUUUAAAAGAAAUGUUUUAUAUUUCACAUGUAAAAAAAAAAUAUUUCCCCGAUCUUGGUAAAGCAGUUGUUAAAUCAUCAUCCCCAAAAUGUAUCCCCUAAUAUGUAUCCAUCAUGUAGAAUGUGUGAGGAAAGGGAGUCGUGCCGCAAUUAAAAAGGAAUGCUGUGGAAAAAGU